AUGGAGAAACGUGUAACCAGCCAGGAACACACUCUAAACAGUCUACUGGAAAAAGCCAUGAAGAUCAGAGACGAUGUGGUGACUGGUCUACAUGCAGCUCAGGGUUCAGCCAUGAUGGAGUCGUCUGCUAGAAAACUAUUAGAGAACCACAUCCAGAUCAUAACUCACAUUGUCAAGCAGCUCAGCAAAGACAUCCAGGUGUUGGAGGCCCAGAUUAUGGAGAGAGACAACCUUGCUGCAGGGACGACGUUUGCAGUCAAGAGCUUGGAUCACAAGAACAUGAUGGGUAUCGGAGAUCUCAGAGGCAGAGUGGCAAGAUGUGAUGCCAGUAUUGCUAAACUGUCAUCCGAUGUCAACAUUGGACAGCAGGAUGUCCUGAAUCUCAAGCAGGAAGUGAAUGAGUUACACUCUAAAUUGGACCUUAAGAUGAGAGACAUGGAGCUCAAGCUGUCUCAGAAGGUAGGGAAACUGGAGACGUCCCUGUCAGAGAAGCUGAUCUUACAGAGAAACACCACUGCAGAUUUACAGAAGGAAAUUCAACGACUGGAUGCAAAGAGCUCUACUGGUGUGAGAGAGGUGGAGGAGCAGACUGAGAGAUUGAGGAAGUGGUUUGAGGAGCAGAUGAAAACUACAAUUCAGUCACACACACAGAACAGCCAGCAGCUGCAUACACUACUGCAGGACAGACUGGUGGAAGUGGAAGGCAAGCAGAAAGAGAACAUGGUUGUUCUCACUGGUCACCUGGAGAGGUUGGAGGCAGCACUGGAGAAGGUGCGAUCAGCUGACAGGAUCAAGCAUUCGGAGAGUAAAGUCUACAACAAGAUGACCAUUCUGGAGAACAGCUUCAGAGAAGAGCUAGAGCAGAUAAGACGAGAAUACCAGUCAGGGUUCCAGACUGUUCACGAUGCCAUUGAGUCUCUGAGACACAUCAGCGACACCAAAGCCAAGCUGGACAAAGAAGAGCUGCAGAAAGACAUUAGACAGAUCCAGAGAAAUAUGGACAAACUCUGA